AUGCCAGAAAUGCAUAACAAGGAUAAAACCAUGCAAUCGGUUGUUUUUGAUGGCCAGCCGUUCGAGGUUUGUGUCCGUGAUAUACCGAAGGCAAAUGUUGUCAGGCAAACGGAUACCGUGGUUCAGGUCACUUCUGCGGCUAUCUGCGGCUCUGAUCUACACAACUACCACGGUGUCUUUGGCAGCAAUCAGGUGCCUUAUUCUAUUGGACAUGAAGCGAUGGGUAUCGUCAAGCAAGUUGGAGCGGAUGUUGAUUCCAUGAAGGUUGGGGAUAGGGUUAUUAUCCCUGAUUUUCCUGAUGGUGUCGGGCUGGAUUUAGAACGUGCAAUUAAUCCUCCAAUUGCAUUUUAUGGACAAGGUGAUCAAUUUGGUGAUUUGGGAGGUUGCCAAGCCGAAUUCGUGCGUGUUCCACUCGCGGACAAAUCCUUGAUUGUUCUCGGCGAGGAAUAUGAUGAGAUUGCGGAUAGAGAUCUGGUUCUUCUUUCUGAUAUCUUCCCUACUGCCUGGGCGGGAGUCACUUGGUCGGGUUUCGAGGCCGGAGAUAAGAUCGCUAUUUUUGGGGCAGGCGCAGUCGGACUCCUUGCGGUGUAUUCGGCAAUUCUCCGUGGCGCCUCACGAGUGUAUUCCAUCGACUCCGUUGAAGAACGACUGGAACUCGCAGCUUCCAUUGGAGCCAUUCCGAUCAACUUCACGAAGGGCGAACCGUCGGCACAAAUUCUUGCCCGGGAACCAGGUGGCGUUCAGCGAACCGUAGACUGUGUUGGAGAGGAAUGUGUCAAUGAGAAAUUGAAGUCUGACCAAUCGUUUGUUAUCACACAGGCGAUAAAGUGCACCAGCGUGGGUGGUGGCUUAGGGGUUAUUGGCGUACACUUUGCUCAAGCCUAUUCCGAAGGAGUUCAACGAGGAAACACCAUCUCACCCUCUAUCACCUUUUCCAUGACACUCUUCUGGGAGAAGAACAUGACUAUUCGUGGUGGUGCAGUGGACAGCAAAUUAUAUGUUCAGCCACUGCUAGAACUUGUGAAAAGUGGCAGAGCUAAACCGGGCUUUGUUUUCUCCAGCAUUCUUGAUAUAGAAGAGGCACCAAACGGAUAUCGACGGUUUUCUGAUCACCUGGAGACGAAAAUCAUGAUCAAGUUCUCCUAG